AUGGCUUCCCUCGCGGUAUUUCGUCUGACUGCUCGUCCUGCCACUUCCAACCUCUUCCGACCCUGUAUACGAUCGCUCAGGAGAGCUCCAGCCAUAGCUCAAAAUGUUUCGGCCAGAGCCUCAUUCAGCUCCUCAGCCAAUCAACGAAGCGCCGGCCACGAAGACGAGACGUUUGAGGAGUUUUCUGCAAGAUACGAGAAGGAAUUUGAUGCCGUCCAGGAUGUUUUCGAGCUCCAGCGAAACUUGAACAACGCUUUCGCCUACGAUCUCGUCCCUUCGCCCGGUGUCGUCACAGCAGCCCUAAAAGCUGCGAGACGUGUCAACGACUACCCUACUGCUGUGAGGAUAUUCGAAGGCAUCAAGGCAAAGGUCGAGAACGCGCAACAAUACCAGGAGUACCUAGACGAGCUGAAGCCCUUGCGUGAAGAGUUGGGAAUCAAUCUGAAGGAGGAUCUGUACCCUGAUAACAGUGACAGCCCAUACUACAAUCCAUGA